GCCUCAGCAGGGAGGAUGAAGUGGUGGAGGGAGGCGGACGAGUGGAGGGAGGCGGUGGAGGGCAGUGCAGAGCUGGUGGAGGUGCUGCUCCGGGGCAAAGCACCAUGGGGCUUCACGCUGAGGGGGGGCAGCGAGCACAGAGAGCCGCUGGUCAUCACAAAGGUGGAGGCGGGCAGCGUGGCGGCGGCGGUGCGUCUUCAGGCCGGCGAUGAGAUGGUGAGCGUGAAUGCGGUUCCCCUCAGUGGAUCUCGACAGGAAGCCAUCUGCCUGGUGAAGAGCUCCCAUAAAACCUUGACCCUGGUGGUCCGAAGGGCUACAAUGGUUGACGUUGUGUCGCCGCGCACAAUGCCGUCAGAAACUGAGGUUCAUGUGGCGAGGAGCUUCCUCACCAAGAUUUUACGAAGCUCUAUGAGGAAAAACCGCUUCAAAGGAAAGAAUGAUCCGAGCUCGCGGCCUCAUUCCUGGCACUCCUCCAAACUGACAGAAGAGGAGCCUGAUCCUGCCAGGACAGAGGCCUCCCCGGCACCAGUCUGGCAGCCAAAACAUGAAGCAAAGCCCGAAGAGACGUCUGACCAAGGGGAGCAGAUCGCAGAGCAGCAGCAGACGGGUCAGUUCAGCACAGUGAGCAACAUGGAGAGACUGGAGCGACCCUCCCACCCCUACCCUCCAGGUCGUCUGUCUCCGGUUAAAUACGUUGGCAGUGCUGAGCCCUUCUCUGACCCUGGAGGCAAAAGAGACUCUGCAUUCAGCUGUUUCUCCACUGGCUCCAGCCCCCCUGUUCACGACCCCAGGAAGGGUACAAGCACUGAAAAUAUUUUCUUCAAAGGAAUUCAAAGUGAAGGAUCCCUGAGGUACCUGCAGCCAUCGCUGGGAAACGGAGGCUGGGAGGGGUUGAGGCCAGACGACCAGCCUGCGUCUCGGGUGUCUAUUGCAGGUCGACCCGGUAUUGGUCCGGUGUGGCAGGUACCAGAGAAGAAAAAGUCCCAGUCGCCUCCCCCGCCACCUCCUCCUCUGCGCAGUGACAGUUUUGUCGCGACAAAGGUGUUCCCUUACUCUGAAGGGCCUGGUGGUCUGGCGAAGGGCCACGGUAGAUCGGUGGAAAAACUGACCGAAGGCACAAACCACAACAGCCUCAGAUCUCAGCACGAGAAAACCUCCGAAUCCAGACGUAGCUUCAACCCUCUGCCCACCAAAGAGUUCAGUCAUCCCAACAAGACGGCGGAUCACAACCACAACCAGCUUCACCCCAAUAAACUCUUCUCAUUGUCAAGCUGCGACGUCAGACAGUCUCAUUACACCCAACCGCCCGCUCACCAGAGGCAGUACAGCGAUGAAAGCCCAUUCUAUCUGCAGAACAGAACUGCUCCUCCCGCCAAGACUCAAAGUGUAGGAAGCUACUAUCGCAGCCUCCAGGACCUGCCGACCAAUGCUUUCAGCCGCAAGCAUGUACGCCACUCCACCGCCAGUUCUGCCGGAAACGCAAACCCGGAGAGUGCGGCCCACAGCAAGUACUGGCAAAAUCUGGCCAGCAAACACUCAGUCCAGACGACUGAGCACAAGGCCAGGCAGGGCAAAGCAGAGGGCUGGAGAGUGGAAACGGAGAAGAGCCACUGGAUGCAGAACAGUGACGCAGGUUUUUCAAGUUCCUUGAAGAUGAACGUUAAGGCAAAGUACUCUCUACCUCAUUCGCAGAUGCCUUACAGUGAAAAUAAGGAGCGCAAUGGUCAUUCCCAUCCGGGGAAUGGUCUACAUUAUGACCACCAAGCUUCCGAACUUCCAGGCCAAAGCCGCAGCCCAGAGGACGCUGCAAAGAGAAGUGAAGCACACCACGACGCGAAACGACACCUUCUAACCCAUCAACAAGGUGGAGAACAUAAAGUUUGUCUUACAAGACUUCAAGAUCCAUGGAUACCUCAAGAGGACCACAGAAUAUCCCCCUUGAAAACCCCUCUUCUCCACUCCCUCGCCCAGGAGAGCAGGGGUCUGGCCGAGAAGCAACCGGGCGCUGCUAGUGUCGUGUCGACACUGGAUGCUGGCGACGCCAUGGCUACCGGCAGUGGAAAGGCGGCCCGACGCAGCGAUCGCUACGCCACCACUCUCCGCAAAGAGAUCCAGCAGAAGCGAGCUCAGCUCCAGAAGAGCCGCAGUGCGGCAACCCUGACGACGUGCGAGGCAGAGGACGAGGACGCCGAAGAGUGGAGAUCCAUGGAAACGUCUACAUCCUCCGGAGUCUCCUUCUCAAAUACGUACAAGGACCAUUUGAAAGAGGCACAGGCCAGGGUCCUGAAAGCCACCUCCUUCCAGAGGCGAGACCUCGAGCCGGUGGGACCAGAGGCGCCUGCAGUUAAACCUUCAAAUGCUCGUGUUAGAGGACGUAAACGCUUCCACUUGGCGAAGAGGACACACUCUUUUUCAGAGCCUGACAAGAUAGAUAAAGUGGGGAUGGAGGGCGAAUCUCAACCGGGCUCAUUUGGGGAACAGAAAACGCUCUUUGAGCCCAAACCUACCUUUUCCAGGCCCGUGCUGAAGCUAGGUCAGAGUGCAAACCAGGACGUGGGUCUCGAUGAGACCGGCACACCCAAAGUGGGAACUCAAACAAGAGAACCUGAUGAGGCCGACCCAUCCACAGACCACAACCUCCUGAGUCCAAGACACAGGCAGCUCUUACUCGAGCAGCAAAGGCUUGGCACUUUCGCUGAAUACCAGGCUACAUGGAACAAGCAGAAGAAGUCCUUGGAGGUCAAGACGCAAGGGAGGUAUCAUUCAGCAGAGAAUAUCUUGGACACAGGCACUGAAGAAAAGACUGUCUGCAUCCACGAGAGGUCCAGAUCUUCUCCUUCUGCAGACUUCUACGCACAGGGGAUUCCUUCUCCAUGGACUGAUUCUCAAAUACAGCAGAGCAGUUUAACCACCAGAGGGAAGACGGAGAACAGGCCUCGAUACGAGUCCGACCACAGCCCACAGCCGGUCCCGCCAGCGCCCAGAGACGAGGGCACCGUCUCAGGCCUCCCUGACCGCAGGAGCAGUGGAGACGCUGCCAGUCCCUCCCACCCCGCGCUUUCCUCCGGGCCUCGCAGCCUCAGUCCCAACCCCGGCCCCGAGCAGCCACCCCAGCCUCCGCAAACCAAGAGCCUCCUGCCACCACCCAGGCCCCAUUUAGGCCCAGAAACCACAUCCUCCUCCCAGGAAUUCCUCGCCGGCGCCCAGGCAGAGCCGGCCACGCUCCAGCCUCUGUCCGGCUCUGACUGCGACACCCAGCACCAUGCCGCUGCCCCGGCCUCCUCAGCCGGCCACGCCCAGGCCGGCUCCCCUCGCCUCGGCAGGAUGUCAGCGCCAGACGUGAGCAAAGAAGGCGCCGAACGCUUGGAGGAGCCGGAGCAGUUCGGAACAACCUCCUCGUCUUCCUCGUCCCCAGUCCACUCCGGGACCGCCGCGCUCUCUCUCCCCGCGGAGGAUCGAGGGCGCUCUCCCUCGCCACAGUUUGCACCCCUGAGGCUGACCGACAAACCGCCCGCGGCGUCCGUGCAAGAUGACUCCCUGCUCAGGUCAGAAAGCGAAGCCGCGGGAGAGAUGAAUGUCAGCAGUCCCGUGAGGAAGGUCCCGGUGAGGAUCGUCCAUUCUGAGAGCAGCUCUGAGCGGGAGGGCCGAGCCUACCUGCCCCAGAACCACACCUGCAGCUUCUUCAACUUCCCGCCCCAGAUCCCCUCCCUGAGCACCGCCGAGCGGCCGGGCUCCUCCCUGUUCAGCGCCUACACCCGCCAGGAGCCCGGUCCGGCCUCUGCUCCGGUCCAGGAACCAGUCCCUGGGUCCGGCUCAGAGGAGGACGCCAAGAGAGAGGAGCUGGCGAGGGACAUCAUGGGAAAAGAUAAGUCCCUGGUGGACAUCCUGGACCAGACUGGCAGGAAGACCACCAUGGACCUGAUGGAGGGGCUCUUCCCCCAGGAGGGGCAGAUCCUGGAGGGGGCCCAGCAGCGCAGGAGGGCUUCCGCCGGCGCCAGGCUGCCAACAUCGUCCCCCAGGAGCUCAGACAGGAGGGAGGAGGACGACGUGUCUCUGUCAGCGGCGUCCUCUCUCGUCCCCAGCUCCUCCUACUACAACACGUCGGCCCCCAAAGCCGAGCUCCUCAUCAAGAUGAAGGACAUGCAGGAGCAGCUGGAGGAGCAGGACUCGGAGGACGAGCUGGACGUCGAUCUGGCCAGUAAGAAGCAAGAGCUGAUCUCCAGCCUCGCGAGGAAGCUGGAGGUGCUGCGGGAGGCGCGGCAGAGCCUGCAGGAGGACGUGGAGGACAACGAGGCGCUGGGCCGCGAGGUGGAGGCCACCGUGCAGCGGCUCUGCCAGCCCAACCAGCUCGACAAAUUCCGCAUGUUCGUGGGCGACCUGGACAAAGUGGUGAGCCUGCUGCUGUCGCUGUCGGGACGGCUCGCCCGGGUGGAGAACGCCCUCAACAGCCUGGAGGAAGAAGCGCCGCCGGAGGAGAAGCGGACUCUGACGGAGAAACGCAAACUGCUGAUGCGGCAGCACGAAGACGCCAAGGAGCUGAAGGAGAACCUGGACCGCCGGGAGCAGCUGGUCUCCGGCAUCAUGGAGGCCCACCUGCGGGCGGAGAGCCUGGACGACUACCGGCACUUCGUGAAGAUGAAGUCGGCGCUCAUCAUCGAGCAGCGCAAGCUGGAGGACAAGAUCAAGCUGGGCGAGGAGCAGCUGAAGUGCCUGGUGGACAGCCUGCCGCUGGAGCAGCGGCCGCCGCCGCUCUGACGCCGUUCACACACAAACACCUGCCGGGUCACGCCUGAAUCGAAUCUCCCCGCUCAUUUGAAUCAGGUGUGUGAGAACGGAGAGGCGUCACACUCCAGGCUGGACUCUGCUCCUCUGUUUUCAUCCAGAUAUCAAGGUAUUUUUAAUAUAUUUCCAUUUCAUACAGAUAUACAUGUAGCAACCACUGAAACAGUUUUGAUGCCUUUACACGGUUACAAAUCCGGUCUUUAAUCUGUUAUAAAUUACGAGCUUUGCAUCGAUAUUCGUCGAGUACGGCUAUAAAUGAAAUUAAACCCAGCUCCUGGUUGUACCUUCAUACUCGGCGUUUCUGUUUUCUCUAUUUAUUUGUGUUGUUUGAUAAUUCUGCUCCCCUGCUGAAUGCUGCCAGGUUUGUAAGAA